CCCUAAAUUUUACACACACAGAAAUCAAGAGGGGGGUCAGGACAUCCGGACCCCCCCUCUAAAUCUGCCCCUGAGAACACACAUGUAUUGCCUCCAGUGCCACAGGGGUUAUGCAGGACACGAUUUCUCUUUAGUUUCAGAGCUCGAACUUCGCAUGCCUAAAAUUCGACGUCCAGCACUAUUUUGUGGCAUUGAGUGUGAAAAGCUGUUGCACUCCUUUCAGAGCAGCGACUCUACUGCCGAACACAUGAUCGCUCUGGCAUCAACAUCAGCGCUAGCUGCUCCUGAACACUCGAGCACCAGCUACACACAAGUAGUUGAGCGCGUCAUCGCCUUGGCCUCCACAUCAGAGCCAGCUACUGAACACACGAGCACCGACUCCACUGCCGAGCACAAGAUUGCUUUGGCAUCAACAUCACGGCCAGCUGCUCCUGAACACUCGGCAAGUUUAUUACACAAUCUAACUAAUGCAAGCUGCAGCAUGGUCUGCUUAGUAGGAUAA